AUGGCAGAGAACGAGGGACAGAGUCAGAGUCAGAGUCAGAGUCAGAGUCAGAGUCAGAGUCAGAGUCAGGCAGCAGGGCAGCGGCUGUUUGGGGUUGCACGGGAAGCUGGCAAGGCAAAACUCUUCAGCCCCUUGAAGCCACUAGGUAGACCGGUUCGGUCUGCGGCGACCAGUGCAUGCAGGCGAGGCAGUCACAAGAAGAAAGAUGGGUACAUGGUAGCACACGCUCCCAGUACUACUUACUCAUAUGCGACCCCGAUGCAACCAGCUGCGCGUGUAGAUCAGUACGAUAUUGGACCUCCGAUCCCCCGUGUUCUGGGGGGCCAAUCGCGUACAUCACGUGACCUCGUCAAGCUUCAAAUUUCGGCCAUCCACCCGACCGCGCCUGCGGGUUCCCUGGGCCCCUGA